CGGCCACCGACCUUUCCGGCUCUGACCACCAGCUUGCACUCUUGGAAGCUUCCCUAUGCGGCCGUGCUGUCAGCGCACAACAUAUAUAUGAGUCCGUAGUUCCAAAGCCGUUGAGACUCCCACAGUGCUCGUUUUUUCCUGCCUCCUCGGUAGGUUCUCUGGUAUAGGUGUGGCCUUGCGACAGCUCUUGUCGCUCCUGCGUUAGCCCUCCCAUACUUGCUUCCCUCGAGAGGUAUUGCGUCUCAUUUCAAAGAUACCAUGGUGCUUAGAAAGGCUUCCAAAAAGAGGGCCCCGGUUCAAUCGGUUCAGGGGGUUCAAUCGGUUCAGGGGACACGGGACUCUGAGUCUGGUAAGCCUCUCGGUGCAAUUGUAUUCAUCUUUGGUCUCUCAACCCUUAUCUACGCUUUCACCUUCCUCUGUAAUGAUGUGUCUGGCUGCCCUGUUCCGUCGCUGCUCAAUCCGUCGACACUGUCUCUUGAUAAGUUAAAGGAGGAAGUUGGUUGGCCCCAAGGCGGUCUUAAAGCUUUCUUUGACAUUCGGGUGACCCUGUGGGUGCUGAGUUAUUACUUACUCAGUCUGGCUCUGUACGUGUUUCUACCCGGCGAGGUGGUUGAGGGCACUGAAUUGGCCUGCAAAGGAAGGCUUCGCUACAAGUUCAACGCUUUUUCUUCUGCCAUUUGGAUCCUCUCUGGUUUAGCUCUGAGCACAUACGUGUACGGCGCUGAUUGCGUCCUAUGGGUUUUUCUCUGGGACAACUACUUACAGAUUAUCACGGCAAAUUUGAUGAUCUGCAUGAUCCUCGCCACCUUUGUUUAUGCAAAAAGUUUCUCAGUCCCUGAGCCUGAUCAGCUCAAUCCCGAAUUAAGGGAGUUGGCACCGGGUGGCCAAACCGGAAAUGCUCUCUAUGACUUCUUCAUAGGCCGGGAGUUGAAUCCGCGGGUAAAAUUGCCUAUUCUAUUUGUCGACGAGGCCUCAAGGACGAUUGAUAUCAAUGUAUGGUGUGAGAUGAGGCCAGGACUGCUUGGGUGGAUCAUAUUGAACUUGUCCAACAUGGCCCGCCAAUACAGAACGUAUGGCUACAUCUCAAACUCUAUCGCACUCUCAACCGCAUUCCAAACCUUCUACGUUCUGGAUGCGCUGUACCUUGAACGAGCGGUUCUAACUACUAUGGAUGUGAUUAUGGAUGGAUUCGGUUAUAUGCUUUCUUUUGGACACCUGGUGUGGGUACCCUUCAUCUACAAUCUACAAACCAGAUAUCUUGCCGUUUUCCCCUUGGAAUUGUGCUUGAAAGAUAUUCUGUUAACUUUGAUUAUUACUGGCGUGGGAUACUCGAUCUUCCGCGGCGCCAACAAUCAGAAGAACCGUUUCCGCACAGACCCCAAUGACCCCCGUGUGAAGCAUAUCAAAUACAUCCAGACAUCAAGUGGCUCUAAGCUGAUGAUUUCCGGCUGGUGGGGAUUGGCGCGCCAUAUCAACUACUUCGGCGACUGGCUGAUGUCAUGGUCGUACUCAUUGCCCACCGGGCUUGCUGGCUACACCAUGGUUGAAAGUAUUAACAGCGCUGGGCACGUACAGAAGCAGGCCAUACAGACCCCUGAAGUGCGCGGGUGGGGAAUUGUUUUCACUUACUUUUUCAUGCUUUAUUUCGGUGUCCUGCUUAUACACCGGGAGGGACGGGACGAAGAAAAGUGCAAGAGGAAAUAUGGCGCCGACUGGAAACGCUAUACGUCUAUCGUUCCCAGCCGCAUCGUCCCCGGUAUCUACUAGUCUACGAACCGGAGGGAUUGUACCUAUAGCUGGGUGAUUUUGCAGUAAUAUCUGUUGUUACAGCAGGGACUGGCUACUCAGGAAUGAAGCCGCAACAUCGGAAGCAAUUCCUACUCUAUGUAUGAGAAGAAGACUUGAUUGGAAAUCAACUUGGACCACGCGGUGUAUAUCUGCCCUCAUGCUUUCCCUCAAGGAGGUGAAUCAAGCUUCCUUCCACACUACAACAAAUUUAGCUUUCAUAAAGACUCAUGGAAAGUUACACACAUCACGAACCCAUGGAAAAUUAUACCGAAGCUGGAGAUUACCUAACCCUCUGCAAAUAAAGGGCCUACAGAAAAACUUCAACCCAUUACUCCUGAACCAAGCUCGACAAAUUAUCGGUGCGAGGGUUGUAGGUCUUGGGCAUCUCUACCCUCAAUCCCGAUACGAAAGUACUUUACUUCGGCUUUCAGUUUCCUCGACCACAAUAUGCGAUUCAACUUCUCAUGUAUCUUCACAAGUUUCAGAGCCAAAGCCAACGGCCACUGAAGACCCGAUUACAAGAACACGCCCGUUGCCGUUAUCAACGGACUCUUUGCAAUUGAGCCACGGAAUAGCCCCAGAGAAAGUCUCUCUGCGAAUCCAAAGUACCUGUAAUGCAGCAAUUUUUACUCGUUUACAAUAAGAUCCUCUCGAAUAGGUCCAGGGCAGCACACUUUGGGUCUAUCGUCAACGAAACCGUAUCGAAGAUUUUCCCUGCGUGCUGCUGAAAAGGUAGUCACGGAGUUUACUUUCAGUGAUGAAAGUAAUUCAUGGAAUCACAGGGAGCUACUCUGUCUUUCCCAGGCUGCCACCCAGCAGAGUAGUGUCAGUAUCGGGAUAGGCUGGCCAGAACCCAG